GCGGCUCAGCUGAGUGGAGACGCUGGCGUCUCUGUCGGUGGCCGCCCGCUCCGGUCCUCCUUCAGGCCGUCCCCGCAGCGCACAUCGCCAUGGGCAAGAGCCGGACCAAGCGCUUCAAGCGACCUCAGUUCUCCCCCACCGGAGACUGUGAGGCCCAAGCGGCUGCAGAAGCGGCCAACGGGACUGCCGACGAGGAGGACGACGGGCCGGCGGCCGAGCUGCUGGAGAAGCUCCAGCACCCGAGCGCUGACGUCCGCGAGUGCGCGUGCGCGGGCCUGGCCCGCCUGGUGCAGCAGCGGCCGGUGCUGCCGGGCCUGGCGCGCAGGGACGCCGUGCGUCGGCUCGGGCCGCUGCUGCUGGACCCCAGCCUGGCGGUGAGGGAGACGGCGGCCGGCGCGCUGAGAAAUCUGAGUGCCUGUGGAGGUUUUGAAGUUUGCGAUGACAUGGUUACUAAGGAUGUCAUGACUCCUCUGGUUGCGCUUCUUAAAGAGUGCAGUGCUGGACUGGAUUCAAAUGAGAUGUCACCGCAGGAGAACACAGAUCAGAGGAGCAGCGCUGUGGAGAACAUAGCCAAUGAGGCUGUGAACGUGCUUUGGAAUCUCUGUGAAUGCAGUAGUAGAGCAGUAUCUAUAUUCAACAAAGAAGGGUGUAUGGAGAUUGUGUUAAAGUAUUUAAGUAGGUUUUCCACCAAUGUUGACCUGGCUAUCUCAGUAGCGUAUUGUUUGCAGACAGUGACUGAAGAUAACCCAGAGCUGCUGCAGUCUCUCCGUGCCAUGGCGUUGCACGUGCUGGAAUCUAUAAUGAUUUCCCCCGUCAAUUCCAUGGAAUACCUUCUGUUAAAGGCAUUAGUCACAGGCACAGUGUGGAACCUGAAGGACAUCAUUCCAUCCAAGAGUCAGGCGGAAAUCAUAAAUGCCAUCCUGAAGACCUUGUCUCAAGUGUUGGACCUGGAUUUCGGGGAAACCGUCAUUCGCAUGAAGGAGGCUGAAACGCAGAGGUUGAAAGCAGCUGCAGAGACCGAGGAGCUCGCGGAGAGAGCCAACGGAGGCGAGUGCGUGGAAGAUGACGAAAUGGAAGAAGUUCCCCAUAAAAGGAAAGUGCGAAGGAAAACUUUUGUGUCGGAUUUACUUCCGCCCACUGAGAAGGAGUUGCGCGAGGCCACGGCUCUGCUGACAGCUCAGCAGACCGCUCUGGAGAUCAUCGUCAACAUGUGCUGCACUGACGAUCCCUCCGACGACGAGUGGGAAGAGCUCUCGAGCAGUGAUGAAAGCGACGCCUUCAUGGAAAGCUCCCUCAGCGAGGAUGGUGGGCAGCUGCUGUCUCCCCUCUGCCUCUCCCACGAGGUUCACACCGCUCUCACCAACUACCUCAUCCCGAAGAAGGUUUUUGAGAAAACUGCCUUUCCAAACAGCAUUGCAGUUGAUGUUUGUUCUAGGAGCCCCACAUGGAAACCUUUGAUCAGAAAAAUGAACACUGUGCAGUGGAGAGCCCUCGUGUGUGUGCAGAGCCUCCUGUCCGUCCUGGAUGUGGACCAUCUGGGAGGAGCCCCAGCCCUACAGGCCCUGGCACAGCAUCUGUCAGAACUCAUCUUCUCUCAGCCCGAUUUUGCCAAGCAUGCUGACUUUCUAGAAGCUGUGAGUAGCGCCUUGAGGGCGCUGCUGCAGACGAUGGCCUCCAAGAACAUUUCUCAGUGCAUGACCCCGGAGCAGCUGAUGACGCUGUGCAGAGCAGGCAUUUCUAGCAGCAAUCCUGGGGUUAGAGUGAACGUCGUGAGCAUAUUGGGAAUCACGGGCAGUGUUCUGGCCAAAGAAAACGGAACCCUUGAAACACUGAAGACCAUCGGAUGCUCUCUGCUCGAGGUCGCCACCAAAGACCCUUCCCUGGUGGUGGCAGGAGAAGCCUUGGAUGCUCUCUUUGAUGUUUUUGCAGAUGGUCAAGAAGCUGAAAGGGCCUCAGUGCAAAUUAAAUUAUUAUCUGCUCUGAAGGAAUUCCAACCAGUCUUCAAAAUGAAGAUACGAAGAGAAGGUCGUGGCAAGUACAGUCCGGACCAGCUGUGUGUUCUGGACAACGUGAGGAUGAAUUUGAGAAGGUUUCUUGCUUAUCAGGAAAUGGUUGAGAGAAGACUGACUUCUUGAAUCAUCAGAACAGAAACCAGAAUACUAAAUGCCAAGAAUACUAAAGGAUUUCCUUUGAGUGUCUGUUUCUGAGAGCUGUUUUUAAUGCCUUUAUUCUAUACAUUAAUUCCGAGUUCAUAAAAACUUGAACACCCAUGAGAAAUACUUGGGUAAGCUUUGAGGUUGGAGUGGCCUCUCUGGAGCUCUCCAGGCUUUGUCCCCAGCAGACUCCCCACUUGGAGACGAAGAGUGCAGCGGAAAUGUGGGGGACUCAGCCAGGGGGGUGCUUCACUGGUGAUCCAUGAAGAGACUUGACAGUCGUGUUUUCUUUGAAUCCUGCAAGGAAAGGAAAAUCCAAAUCAUGGCUCGUCUGCUCUUUUUAAGCCCGUAUCAUUUUAUAUUAGCUGAAUUAUGAAGAGAAUUUAAAUGAAUUAUGAAGAGGAACUUCAUAAAUAAAUUUUGAGCAUUUACAGGUGAAGAAGCUGAUGAAUUGGAUUUGUGUAUCUACUUAGUAGAUUAUGCUAAUGAGCUAAAGGGGAAAUUGUGCAGUUACUGCCUUGUAACAUCACUCCUUGAUUUUACUUGAUAAGGAGUCAGACAUGGGAGAAAGUAUUUUUAAAUAAAUAACUUUUUAACUUAAA